AUUUGGGGACCCUGCUGCUGCUGUCGCCGGGGCCGGGGCCGCCCCGCGGUGCCCGCGGUGUCGCCGGGUCCCCUCCGCGCCCAGCCUGGCACAAACAACGCUGCCUCUGGCCAUGUCAUGCCUUAAAAUAGCUGCUCCUACAUCAGCCUCUCUCCAGCGGCGGCGGCAGCAGCGAGACAUGGCCGACUGGAGCUGAUCCCGCUCCGAUCCUGCCCCGGCUCCCGGCGCUCGCCCAGGACCGUGGGUGGCAGCAGCAGCAGGAGUGACCCCCAGGCCCCCGCCCGGCCUCCCCGCCCCCCCAGGCAUGCCUUGUGGGUCUGGGCAGCUCCCAUGGCUUUCCUGUCCAGGCUCUACAGGAGCAGCAGCCGCUCCCCGAGCCGGGCCCCGCGGGACGAGCGCGGGAGCCACCCCAUCCUCAGCGUCUUCGAGCUGGAGCGGCUGCUGUACACCGGGAAAACCGCCUGCAACCACGCCGACGAGGUGUGGCCUGGCCUCUACCUGGGAGACCAGGACAUCGCGUCCAACCGGUGGGAGCUGCUGCAGCUGCGCAUCACCCACGUGCUGAACGCCUCUCACUGCCGCUGGCGCGGCGGUGCCGACUACUACGAGGGCACGGGCAUCCGCUACCUGGGCAUCGAGGCCCACGACUCGCCCUCCUUCGACAUGAGCCCCUACUUCUACCCCGCCGCCGACUUCAUCCACCAGGCCCUCAACGAAGGGAGGAUCCUCGUGCACUGCGCCGUCGGGGUCAGCAGGUCGGCCACCUUGGUCCUCGCCUACCUCAUGAUCCGCCACCACAUGCCCCUGGUGGAAGCCAUAAAGACGGUCAAGGACCACCGCGGGAUCAUCCCCAACCGCGGCUUCCUGCGGCAGCUGGUGGCCCUGGACAAUGCCCUGCGGCUCAAGAGGAGCUCCUGAGGGCACCGUGAGCCCUGCCCAGCUCUGGGGGUGCCCCUGGGCCAGCCCAAGCCCUGCUCCUGCUCCUGCAGGGCCCCCCAAGCAGGCCUGGCCAUGGCUCCCAUCCCGGCCCCACCUCACCCGUUCCUCCAUCCCUGCGGCCUCCAGGGAGCCUCCAAGGCUUUGUUGUCCCCUCUGGCAUUUGUGUCCCUCUGUGCCAGGACACUGCAGCACCGUGUGUCCCCUGUCACGCGUCCCCUGUGUUUGUGGUGAUGUCAGGCCUGGUGUGUGGGCUCAGGCUCAGCUCCUGUCAUGUGUUCGGGUGUUGUCCGUGCCUCGUGUCACCCUGUGAAUAAAGGCAGCGCUAAGGAACA